GGGUUUUCCGCAGAAGGAAGAACCGAUAAACUGCGAUGUUUGGUCCGCUGGCAGGUCAAGAGUGCGGCUAAAGUUUUUCUUGGCCUCCUGGAACAUUUUGAAACCCACAGUUUCAUGCGUUUACCCCUUUAAAUUGCCUACAGCUUUAUCUGGGCGUGGAUUGAUGUCUGUAUCUUGCAUCGCGGACACUGACAGCAUAAAGUAAACACAUAUAUGCUAAUUGCUAAUGCUAACUAGCUUUAGCUGGGAGCCAAGUCUUUUUAGCAGCGAUUUGGCAACAAAACCAAAAUCUGACAGCAACAUCCUCUCGUAAAUCGUCCAACAGCUUACCGAGAAGAUUUGGUACGUGUUAUUCAUGUUGUUUUGGAGCGACAGAAGAACAAUCCUGCGUUUUUACCUCUUAAGGAGAGCUUGUGAGAGGGUCCAGAGGAGGCAGUGAAGUCCGGAGUGUUGUCCCAGUCCGAGGAGCUGUCAGUGGGACACGAUGCCCAUUCCUCCCCCUCCCCCUCCUCCCCCUGGUCCUCCACCUCCCCCCACCUUCAGCCAGGCGAACACCACUCCUCCUAAGCUGAGUUCGGCAGAGACCAAAGGUCGCGGGGCCCUUCUCAGUGACAUCCAUAAAGGAGCCAGACUCAAGAAAGUCACUCAAGUCAAUGACCGCAGUGCCCCCGUCAUAGAGAAGUCUGGAGGAGGAGGCAGCAGCAGUGGAGGAGGCGGAGGAGGAGGGGGCCCGAUGGGAAUGGGAGGUCUGUUCCAGGGAGGGAUGCCCAAACUACGCUCAGUCGCAGAUGGUCCAGUUGGUGGUUCAGUCGGGCGCUCUGCCCUGCGCCCACCCGGUGCCCGCCCCUCUGCCCCACGCCCCCCUGCGGGCCGCUCACCCUCUCCCUCCCGCGCAAACAAACCCUCUCCUCCUGAACCGCAGCGUACCCAAAGGCCCUCAUUACCCGACAUCACCCGCCCUCCCUCCUCCGGCGGCAUGAAACACAGCACCUCUGCCCCACCCCCUCCCCCGCCUUUCAACCGGCAAUCAAACGCCCCACCACCACCUCCCGCCAAUCAGAAGAACUCACACUCGCACAGCAGAGAGAAGCCCCUCCCACCCACGCCAAGCAGAGGGUCAGAUCGGCCCUCCUCUUCCUCUUCAAACAGGUCUCAGAGUGGAGGGACCACCGCUCCCCCUCCUCCACCCCCCUAUAGACCCAACUCAAACGGACCGUCCCAAACAGACGCUCCAGAGCUGCCCCAGAGGCACAACUCUCUGCAAAAGAAACACACGUCGAGCAGCAGCCAUCAGAGUCGCAGCCAUGCCCCACCGCCUCCGCCUGCACCAGCCAAUCAGACAGCUCGGCCUCCACCUCCCGCCAGGGAGCCACCUGGGCGCAGGACAGCUCCUCAGGCUCCCCCCUCGUCUGGCUCUCGUAAUGGCUCUCGGGACGCACCCCCACCCCCUCCUCCAUACCGCGGCCACAGCUCGGAGCCUCAAAAUCGGAUGGGCAAACCUCCACCUCCACCCUCCUCCACUUCCUCUCUGAGCUCUAGGACACCAGCUGGACCCCCUCCUCCACCCCCACCCAUCCGUAAUGGGCACUCCAACUUCUCCAAAUCCAUACUAGAUGAUUUUGAAUCCAAGUUUAACUUCCACCCGAUCGAGGACCUUCCACCUCCAGAGGAGUACCGGCAUUUCAACAAGGUCUACCCCAGCAAACACAACAAGGCCCAGAUGAGAGGAGCGCCGCCUGCCCCUCCGGUGGGCUCCAGGUGAACUGACCUCAGAGAAACGGGAAGCAGCAGCACUUGAACGCCUCAUAUCAGGACCAACAAAACCAGUGCAUUCCUUUAUAAUUUUACACACUUAACAUUCAAUAACACACAUUCCACAUUCACAGUAACAUUCACUUUGGCAUUUUGAAGUUCUUUGACGGGCGGACACACAAAUCCUCCCCAAAAGAACAGUGCCACACGUUUUUGUUUUUAUGUCAUGUUUUGUCUUAAGAUGGCCAUUCCUGCAGUGCCAGGCGAGGGUGCGUUUGAUUUUCUCUCUAAAUGUGCCAAAGGCGGGUGGAGUCUAUCGAGUUGCACACAGUGCACUUUCUACAUAUGAAAAAAAAAACAUUAGAUUUUUAACCUUUUUGGAUAAGUCUUCACCGACGCCACGCCUCUUUUAAAUUCUUGUUUGGACCAAGGGACUUAUAUUUUUCAAUUUUUUUGUUCAUUUUUGGGGGUUGAUGAUUUUGGUUUUUCUUCCACGCGGCAAUGUUGCACGGCAGCUUCAAUGCUAUACCGAGUCACUGUGCAUGGACCGGAGUUGCACCUUUUGGGGAAAAUGUCUUUAAAAAUAUACUGACUAUACUGAAAUUAUACUGACAGUAGUUGGAGCCAACUUUGUGUUAGCCGUUUACUCUCAUGUUGUCUAGACUUUUAAUGAAUUAUCCAUUGAGUAUUUUCACUAAGCUAUGGACAGAGGCAGGUCCAACCAUGCACUAUUUAAUAUUUUCAUGUCAGCAGUUUCAUUGAAAACAAAGCAAACUGCCACAGUAGUAUAACUGUAAAGUUAACAGAGCCUGACAAAUUUUACCCCAAUUUCCCAAGCUUACUUCAAAAUUGUUACCAUAUUUCUGAAAAUGUAUUUCAGCAAAAAACACAAAAUGAAACAAUGUUGAAUAUUUGCAGCUUGCGUAAUAUUUAAAACUAUUUUAUUAAUUUAGCAUUUAAAAUGUAUGUAUCAUUCAAUACAAUUUUAAUGCAGUUACAUUAAAUUGACAGUUGGAUGUCAGUUCAGAUGACAUGUGCGUUAGUCACAGGCCACUACAAAACAACAUUGACUUUGCAAUUAAACUAUAAUUGUAAUUGGUCAAUUGGUUCUUAAAAUGGACAUUCAUCAUGGAGUAAUCACAAAAGAAAGAAAACUAUGAACAUUCAGAUAUGGAAAACUAUGAACAUUCAGAUAUGGAAAACAAAUAUUGAAUGAACAUUAGUAGAUGCUGUGUAAUUAUUUCAUCAAUACAUUUUUAAAAUAAUCAUGUAUGCAUCAUUUCAAAAGCACAAGUUAUGGCAUUUAUCAUAACCACAUUUAAAUAACUUUAUCAUUAACACCUAUUUGUCCCACUUUGAUUCAUGUGCAAGAUUAUAUUAGCAAACAGGUGUCUAGCAAUUGAAUGUUGACUUUCUCAGGUCUAAAAUUGCAGCAUGUUCCUACCCUGACACACUUAAGUUUGGGCGUUGCUUGUUUAAUGCAUUGCUUUGUCCCAGUAUGUCAUGUAAUUUAUCCUGUUUGUAAUUUUAAAAACUGGUUAAAAUGCCUCUGUCCAUAGUGCACUCGAUUUGGAUAUUUUUUUGGGGACAACUUGGGCAAAGCUUAUGAAACACUACUUUUAACAUUAUUAUCUUUGAUGCUGACAUUUGGCAAAAGUGUAAAAGGAUCUUGGUUUUUUGUGUCAUAAAAGCUAAAAAAUAUGUACCCGUAAUUGUAAAAAAAAAAAAAAAAAAAAAGAAGAAAAUUGAUGUGGCAUCGCUAUGCAAGAAGAAACUGUAGCUGAUAUUCACUAACCAAAAAACAUAGAUAAAGAACAAUAGAGGAAGCUGACAAUACGAUGUGGAAGCGUGUUUUUCUGCCAUUUUGGGUAGGGCAAGAAAAAGAUAAUCUACAAUAUAAUUCAAUUGUUUGUUUUUUUUGUUUUUUUUUAAUCAAAUCAUUAACAUUUAAUUUUUAAAUUUGUUUUACAUCAGAUUCUGUUCCGUACACAGCUCUAUACUUGCAAAAGAUAAAGAGUAUAGAGCUUCACAAUAUAUAUUUUUGAUAUUGGCAAUAUUAAAAUUAUAAGAGUUAAAGUAAGCUUAUUUAAAAGUCCUCAAAACACUGGUCAUUAAUCAAAUAAUGGAAUAAAAAUACAAAACUAGAUGAUACUGUAUGUUAACAUGUUCUUCAGAAAUCUAAUUUAGUUUGUUGUUUUUGGCUACAGUUUUAGCCAUUUCAUUUUUUCAUAUCAUUUCCAUAAUGAUUAAUACUUUUUGACACACAACUUGUAUAACACAUUGCACUACGUGAUUUUAAAUUUGAUUUCACUUUCACAGUUAGAGUUAAGUUCUUAUGCAGGGUACUCUAGAUAUUGCCAAAUAAGAUGUUAUGCAAAGGAGGAUCAUGUUUUUAAAUUCUUUAAUAUUAUUUAAAACCCAAUUUGUUCUUUUCACUAAAAUCAACAAAUUUACACGCUUCAGCACCCUAUCCUCUACUGCUGUCUGUCUAUGGUUUAAAACAGGAAAACACUAAAGUGCCAGAGAAAAUGUGGAUUCUUUAUUUUCUUACAAACCAUAAGCUUAUUUUAAAAUUAUAGAUGUUCUUAAAAAUGCCAUUCAGGUUGAAAAUGUUUUAGUGACACAGCGCCCACUGCUGGUUUUCGCCUUAACACUUAUCAAUAGGUACCUGUACUUUUGUUUUUUGUUUUUGGGGGAUAAAGAUGAUAAAAAGAGUAAAGAAAAAGCACGUCUAUUUGAAAAUGCAAUAAUAAAUAUUGUAUAGUUACGUUAUGGAUAUGGUAAUCAUAGUUAUUGAUCUAUUUUUAUGUUGUACAAAGCUUGUAAUAUAGGAAAGAGAAUGAUUAUAACGAUGUUCCCUGAUGUUUGGGUGAAUGUGAGCCAGGUUUGACACACGGCCGCCAUUUUGGAUCUAGUUUCUGUGAGUUUACAAAAAAAAAACUAUUGAAAAUCAAGACUCGCUGGCCUCACUUUGACCAUGUUCACUUCACUGUGCUCCUUCAUGUAACCAAUCAUGUUUUUAUCAUUGAGAAUAAAGAAAUAUAUUCCUCUGGGAGAUGGGUUUAAAACA